AUGACACUUUCUUUUGAGUUAUUGAAUUUGAGACCAACGCCUCUAAGAUUUGAUAUCUGGCCUUUUGUCAUUGGUUAUAUUGCUCUGUACUCUUGGUGGAGUACAUUAGAUGAAGAGGCCCCUGUCGAAACAAAUAAUAUAAUGGAUAAAAUAAAUAAGGCAACAUUCUAAGGAGCUGAGAUUUAUAAUGAUGAAGUAUAUUAUGAGUCAAUGGAAAAUAUUUACGCUAGAUUAACUUUUAUCGGAUUGGUGUUUUUUCAUUCAUUAACAUACAUGAGUUCAUUUUGGUCUGUGUCGAUGAAAUCUAAAAUUAGAUAUUUUUCAGGAGGGAUCAAACUCAGCUAAGAGAAUGUUAGAAAUUACAAAUAUUGCAAAGUCUAAUUCGCUAAACAACAGAAAUCCUACAGCGAAAUUGUAGCAAUACAAUCUGAUUCAUCUAAUAAAUUCUGGAUCUAAUUUAUGGAAAACAAAUAUUUUUAUGACUAGACAAAAGAAUCGUUUACCAGAUAAAAACCAAAUGUUAAAUUUAACCUUCAGAAUUUGGAAAGUCUUGAGAAGUUAGAGGAAUAUGAAAAGAAUUCCUUACUUAUCCCAAUGAAAAAAUUCAACGAAGUAUUAAAGGAUUAAUUAAUGGAACCCUUCUCAUUCUUUCAGAUAUUUAGUGUAUCCCUAUGGUUAUUGGAUGAAAGCAGGAUAUAUGCUCUAUUUACUCUAUCAAUGCUCUUUUUCACAUCCUGUACUGUGGUCAUAUAAAGAAUGAAAACUAUGUUGACUCUUAGAUAAAUGAAAUUGAAUCCACAAUUGAUUACAGUCUACCGCAAAAACUAAUGGACUAAAAUUUCCUCUGAAUUACUUGUUCCUGGAGAUGUAGUCAUAUUAUAAACUGCAGAGUAAAUCAAACCUGCUGCUAAGGACAAUAAUAAUGAUGAUGAACAGUUUUUAAGAUAGCAGAUUCCCUUUUCAAAGCAUUUGCCGCCUAAAUUGUUUUAAGUAGAAACCAUGAAUGUUGAUUCUUACAAGAAUGUACCAUGUGAUAUUCUAUUAUUAAAUGGUUAAGUAGUAGUUAAUGAGUCCAUGUUGACAGGAGAGAGUGUUCCAUAAGUUAAGGAGGGAAUCAAUAAAAAUUAAAAUGAACACUUGGACAUCAAAAAUAAGCACAAAUAAAAUGUAAUAUUUUGUGGAACUGAAAUCAUACAAUUAUAAGGGAAUGCACAAUAUCCAUCUUAUAUCAAUAAUGCUUAAAAUUAGUCUCAUUGUUUGGGCUUGGUGUUAAGAACAGGCUUUGAUACUGCAAAAGGGAAGUUGAUUAAGACUGUCUUCUACAAUAAUGAAAAUGCAAAUGCUAAAUAAACAGAUGGACUAUUUAUAGUGGUAGUCUUACUCAUCUUUGCCUUAUGUGCCAGCGCAUAUGUCUUGAUGAAUGGACUUUAAGAAGAAUCCAGAAACAAAAAUAAACUAUUUAUUAGAUGUAUAUUGAUUGUAACUACUGUUGUUCCACCUGAACUGCCAAUGAUUUUAUCAAUAGCUGUGAAUUAAUCUUUAAUGAUGUUGUAACUGAGAAAAAUCUUUUGUACAGAACCUUUCAGAAUUCCAUUGGCUGGAAAGGUAGAGGUUUUGGCUUUUGAUAAAACUGGUACCUUGACUAAUGAUACUUUGUUAUUUACUGGAAUUGUAGAUAAUUGUGUUAAUAGAGGAACAAAGUCAAAAAGCGAUUGUUCCUUGUAUUGCUAACAAAUCUUGGCUGGUUGUAAUCAAUUAAUAUAUGCUGAUAAUAAAUUGCAAGGUGAUCCUAUCGAACUCUUAUUUUUUUAACAAAAUAAUCCAUGGAGUAUUUAAACCUAACAAAAGUAUGCUUAAAAUAAGGAUUUAGGCAUUUUCCUUUAUUAAAAACAAGUAUUCUCCUUCAAGAGUGAUUUAAAGAGAAUGAGCACUGUAGUCUAGGUUGAUUAGAAAGGUCAAAGACAUUAUAGAAUAUUAGUUAAAGGUGCUCCUGAAGCAUUAUAAUCGCUAUUCUAAGAAGUCCCAGAUGAGUAUGAAUACUGUUAUUAACACUAUUCGAAUUUAGGAUACAGAGUACUGUGUUUGGCGGAUAGAGAGAUUGAGGAAUAUGAAAAUCAAGAAAGAGAGGAAUUAGAAAAGAAUUUAGUGUUCCGUGGAUUCCUAAUUUGCGAAUCCCCUUUGAAGCCUGACACUCAAUAAUGGAUUAAAAAAUUCAAAUCAAGUUAUUUUCAACCCAUCAUUAUUACAGGAGAUAAUUUACUUACUGCAAUAGCAGUUGGUAAAUAAUUAUAAUUACAUGAUAACAAAAAGACAUAUAUCCUAGAUUAUCAGGAUAAUAAUUAUGUAUUAGUUGAACAUGGCAAUAAGAAUAUAAAAGUGUUGAGCAAUGUAGAAAAGGAACUUACAAAAACAGAAGGAAUGUUGUGUAUUUCAUCAUCAAUUAUGGUAAAAUUAGAAGAAUAGCAUUUAAUCAAACUGAUAAUACAUUUCAGUAUCUUUGCAAGAAUGUCACCAAAAUAAAAAGAAACUAUCGUUAUUUAGUUCAAAAAGCAAGGUAAAGGUGUGUUGAUGUGCGGAGAUGGCACAAAUGAUGUUGGAGCAUUAAAAAAGGCUGACGUUGGAAUUGCCUUAGUUACCAAUUAGGGAGAGUAAUAGGAAGAGAUAGAUGAAGAAGAGGAGGAGAGAGUGGCUAAUUUAUCAUUUACAGAUCAAUUAUAGUAAGUUAAAAAAUAGUAGAUGGAGAUAUAAAAGUAAAUGAAUGAAGCCAAAGGAGAUAAGGAGAAGAUGAAGAAUAUUGCUAAUUAACAUCUGCAACAAUAGGCCGCUGGGUUGUUUGAUAUGGGACCAAGUUAUAAGUUUGGUGAUGCUUGUAUUGCUGCUCCUUUUACAUCAAAAAUGUCUACGAGCAUUAGAUGUGUUCAUACUAUUGUCAAAUAGGGAGUCUGUACUUUAGUGACUACAAUUUAAACUUAUAAGAUUAUGGCCUUAUAAAGUGUAUUAAACGCAUAUUCUUUAAGUGCCUUACAUAUGCAAUCAUUGAAAAUGAGUGAAACUCAAAUGACUCUAAUGGGAAUCUUAGGAGCUGCUUAUUAUUUCUGCUAUUCUUCAGCUAAAGCUUAAAGGAAUUUAUCAAAAGUAAAACCAAGCUUUUCCAUUUUUGAAUUUUCCUUUUUCAUUUCAUUGACACUCCAAAUCGUAUUGCACGUAUGGUCUAUGCACUUUGCUAUACAUCAUAUAGCUAUGCCAAAUAUGACUAUUGAAGAAAAGGAAAUUAAAAAUGAACUUGAAUUUAAGCCUACCUUUUUGAAUACAACAGUGUUUCUACUGCAGUUAUUACAACAAAGUUGUAUAUUUUUAUUCAAUCAUCCUGGAGAACCACAUAUGCAAAAGAUUGAUGUGCGUUCUAAAUUUUUCAAAAGCUUGUUUGUUCCUCUUAUCUUGUGUAUAAUAUCAGCAUUUAACUACAGUGACAUUUUGAAUUCUUAUCUUGAACUAACAUUCCCUCAAAAUCAAGAGGUAAGUUUACAAUUGACUUUGCUUUGCAUAUUUGUCACAGCAGCAAAUUGGGUAAUUGAGAAAGGAACCAAGACCUUAAAAUACAAAAAAUGGUAUGGAUUUAUAUGAUAACGAGUUUGCAUAAAUAUUUUAAUUACAAGAUAUAUAUUAA